AUGUCAGACACUUUUGUCGGAUCAGUGAGGAAGGAGGACACCAUCUAUCGUGAUGAGGUGGACUUCGACAAGAGCUUCAAGAUUGACAUCGAUUUUGCGAAGAUGGAGUUUGAGGAGACUUUAAAUGUCUCGGGGCCGUCAUCCAUAUUUCAUGUCAGCUACUACGGCAAGCCACGGGUCUUGAAAGUGCUAUGCGAUGCUGGUGUCGUGCCAAAUUUCUAUGGUUUUAUGCUCGCUAUCCACCCAGGCGACUGUGCUCCUCAUCUUGACGCCUUUCGGCAUGACAAAGGUCUUCCACGUGCCAUUCUGAUCGAGUACCUACCAAAGCCUUUGGUAAUGAACUGCGUGACUUAUACAAAGGAACGUAUGCAGAAAGCUGUCAAUGGCAUUCGGCAAAUCCAUGUGGCUUUAGUUGAGCAUAAUGAUCCAUACCCGAAGAACAUCCUCAUUGUUCCUGGUGACCUCGAGAGGGUUAUCUGGAUUGAUUUUGUCGUUGCGAUUGUUUAUCCUAACGACGCAUACAUUGGAAAGAAGGAACGCAACCGGAUUGAGUUUGAAACUGAAGUUAUUGAAAGUUUCGGAUGGAUGCUUGAAGAAGAUCAGAAGAAAGGUCUACCGCCAAAUACGAAAUACUACUGGGAUCAACUCCUUUCCGGUGUUCAGACAUACACAGAAGGAUCACAUUAUGGAAGUCACCAGUCAUUAUCUGCCGACCUAAUAUCCCAAGAUACCAAAGCCCCAGCAAAAUAG